UAAAGGACUCGUUUUAGUUAGACAAUUCUGAGGAUUUUUUUUAAUGACUUGUUUGGAAUUUUUUUUUGGACCUGGUCUGAAGCCCAGUGAAACCAGUGAGUCUUCCUCUGAGUUAGUUCUGGUGCAUUUCUUUUGGUUGGGGGGGGGGGGAGGGGUUUAUGUGCCCCCCCCCCCGCAAUGAAGAGACCUGCCCUCAUUUUUUUUCACAGCAUUGACAGUCUCCUGCAAAACUGGAGGCUCUUGUAAGAUUUACAGCACUUCCCAACCUUUAUGGUACGUGGCAAUGCCUGUAGUCAGUCGGGGUGGGGGGGUAAGAAGAACUGUCAGCUGAAAAAUGCGAAACAUCUGAACUUUGCGUUAUCCUGCGUAAUGCAUACUUUUGAUAAAUCGGUGUCAGUAUGGGACUGCUUAAGAUGGAAAAAUCGCAAAGUAACAAACUUGCCUUGUCUUCACUGCAUGAACUUUUCCCCCGGCGCUGGUGACCGCUUCCCGCGCUGGGCCCCUCGGCCGGAGCAGCGCAGGCGCCCCGCGCUCCCCCGCUUGCCGUGCGAGUGCGCAGAACCGCCGUCGCCAGGCCUCCCCCUGCCCGCGGCGGCGGGCUCUGUGCCAGCCCGGGUUGCGCAGGGGCAGGUCCAGCUGGUCUGAACACAGCGACAGCUGCCUUACCGGUGGCUCCGCACCUUCACCUGGGCGCGGGGGGUGGAGCUGCGCAAGCAACGCCCGGCUCCGACGCUUUUAGGGCAAAAUGCCCCCUUCCCCCCCCUCCCCGGGCCGCGGGGAGCCCCGUGGGCCUGAACGCGAGGGGGUGACGGGGGUGCGCGGGGCGGUGGCGCGGGAGCUGCGGCUGGGCCGGGCCGGGCCGGGCCGGGCGGGAGCGGCCUCCCCCAGCGCCGCCGCCCCGGCCCGGGCCGCUCCGCUCCUCCCCUCGCCCUCGUGGCUGCGGCGGCGUGCCUUUGUAAUGUGGACGACAAGUUGCCUGUUUCACUGGAAUUAACUCCAAGCUGAUUCCACUCUGCAAAUGGACAGUUUGUCAAAGAUGAGGCUAGACCAAGCAGCAUAUUGCUAUCUCAGCUAUGGAAGGCCAGCCUUGUGUUAACUUGGAGAUUUCUGGGGUAAAACCUUCAGCGGCAAGUCCUCCAUCCUGCAUCGCUUUCCUGAAAGUAUACCGAGAACUGUUGGUCAAUAAAAUCCGAAACACGCAGUGUUUGAUUGACAACUUGAUUAAGAAUGACUACUUCUCCACUGAAGAUGCAGAGAUUGUUGUCCAGUUUCCAACUCAAGCAGAUAAGGUUCGCAAAAUUCUAGACUUGGUUCAAAGCAAGGGAGAAGAAGUUUCAGAAUAUUUCAUCCAUGUCCUGCAGAAAGUCACUGAUGCUUACUAUGAACUUCAGCCUUGGCUGGAUGAAAUAGAUUACCAGCCUUCAGAGAAUAUUCGUAGUAAACCUGUGGAAAAUACAGAUCCAGUUAGCAGGUAUCGUCAGAAACUCAGAUAUGAACUGGGACGAGACUCGAAGUUUGUUAUGUCAUAUGCUCAGAGGGAAGAGAUGCUGCUUGAAGAAAUCUACUCUAAUAAUAUUAUGGAGCUGGUCAGUUUUACCAAUGAGAGUCUAGGCAAUGUGUCUCAAUUAGAAGCUCUUUUUGAUGAUACAGUUGGGCUAAUCAAUGAAGAUGGAGAAACCAUUUAUGUCUUCGGUGAUGCAGGAAUUGGAAAAUCCAUCUUGCUGCAAAAGAUACAAAGCCUUUGGGCCAGACAAGAGUUGGAUAUAGGGGCCAAAUUUUUUUUCCGUUUCCGAUGCAGGAUGUUUAGCUGCUUUAAAGAAAAUGAAGCCAUAUCUUUGAAAGACCUUUUGUUCAAAUAUAACUGCUACCCAGACCAGGACCCCACAGAGGUGUUCCAUCACAUCUUGCAAUUCCCUCAUACAGUUCUUUUCACAUUUGACGGCUUUGAUGAGAUCUAUUCUAACUUUGAUCUCAGUAGUGUUCCCGAGAUGUGCUCACCCGAUGAACCGAUCCACCCCCUGGUGCUGCUGGUAAGCCUUCUCAGGGGAAAGCUUCUUAAGGGAUCCAGGAAAAUUCUUACAGCGAGAACAGGAACUGAGAUCCAAAGAAACAUCAUUAGAAAGAAAGUGUUGCUCCGCGGGUUCUCCAGCAAUAACCUGAAGGAAUACACUGCCAUGUUUUUCAAAGAUGAGGGGCAACGAACACUGGUGCUGAACCAAUUGGAAGCUAACCCCAAUCUCUGCAGUUUGUGUUCAGUGCCUUUAUUUUGUUGGAUUAUCUUUAAAAGCUAUGAACACUUCCACUCCAUGUUUGACAGCCAUGAACUUCCGGACUGUUCUGUUACAUUGACAGAUGUAUUUUUGGUCAUGAUUGAAGUCCAUCUGAACCGAUCUCUGAAAACAAGUUUGCUGAAGAACAACACCAGAAGCCAAGCAGAGACAUUCAAAUCAAGAAAGGAAACUCUUCUGGCUUUGGGUGAAAUUGCAUACAGAGGGAUGGAGAACUCUUUGUUUAUCUUUGAGCAGGAGGAGGUCUCAUCAGCAAACAUUUCUGAAGAGGAUUUGCAAUUGGGCUUUCUCAGAACAGUUCAAAGUUAUAGUGGCUGUGAAGAUCAGUCCACUUAUGAAUUCUUGCACUUAACCCUUCAGUCUUUUUUCACAGCUUUGUUCCUGGUUAUUGAAGAGAAAGUGGGUACCAAGCAGUUGCUUAAGUUUUUCAAUGAAUGCUCUUCCACUGAGAUUGCACAGCCUACUUGCCUUCGUAUUCCUUGGCUGAGAAAACAACCGGCAGGAGAGGAUCCCUUCCGAAAUAAUGAACAUUUUCACUUUACCAACCUUUUUCUUUGUGGCCUGCUUUCUAGAUCCAAGCAGAAGCUCCUCAGACAUUUGGUUCUGCCUGCAGUCAUUAAGAGGAAGAAAAAGACACUCAUCACAUACCUUGGGGAGAGUAUGAAAUCCCACCUGAAAGGCCUCACUCGGUCCAGGCUUCCAAACUACAAUCAGAUUCAGGUCCAGCCCAACUUUGUCUGGAUGCUGAGGUGCCUUUACGAGACACAAAGCGAGAAAGUGGGGAAGUUGGCUGCCAAACGCAUGCGUGCCAAUUACAUCAAACUCACAUACUGCAAUGCCUACUCCGCUGACUGCAGUGCUAUUUCUUUUGUUAUGCAUCACUUUCAAAAGCGCCUGGCUCUGGAUUUGGACAACAACAACAUCAAUGACUAUGGAGUAAAACAGCUGCUACCUUGUUUCAGCAAACUUGCAGUGAUCAGGCUCAGUGUAAAUCAAAUCACAGAUCAUGGAGUAAGGAUCCUGUAUGAAGAACUCUCCAAAUACCAAAUUUUGACCUUCUUGGGCUUAUACAACAAUCAGAUCACUGAUGUUGGAGCCAAAUACGUUGCAAAGCUAAUUGAAGAAUGUUCAAGCCUUGAAUAUGUUAAAAUAGGAGCAAACAAAAUAACUAGCGAAGGAGGGAAGUGCCUUGCCCAGGCCAUACAGAAGAGCAAGACAAUGUUUGAAAUUGGGAUGUGGGGUAAUCAAGUUGGAGAUAAAGGAGCAAAGGCGUUUGCAGAGGCACUGAGGAACCACCCCAGGUUAACAAACGUGAGUCUCGCAUUCAACGGCAUCACAACAGAGGGAGGCAAAAGUAUUGCUGAAGCUAUGCAGCACAACAACUCCGUGAGAAUAUUCUGGUUGACUAAAAAUUACUUGGAUGAUGAGGCAGCAAUGAGUUUUGCGGAGAUGCUGAAGGUCAACAAGAAACUAGUGCAUUUAUGGCUUAUCCAGAAUCAAAUUACAGCCAAAGGGGUGAAGUACCUCAGUGAAGCUCUCAAGGAGAACACAGCCAUUAAAGAAGUCUGUUUGAAUGGGAACCUAAUAAGCCAAGAAGAGGCCAAAGCUUUUGAAAAUGAAGAACGGAUCAUUUGCUUUUGAAUGAGGACUUUCCCAUUUUGACAAGCUUCGUGUUACAAAGGUUACUCCUCCACUUGGACUGCAGAGUUCAUAAAGGCAUAAAUGUGCAGUGCUCAUGGUGGGAGAGAGAUAUACGAUAAGCUGCCUUUUUACAAACAUGCUACACUCCCUUAGCUCUAUUCCUUACCCUGCCUGUUAUUCUUAAUCCUUUUGGUGAGUGGGAAGUUGCCUUGGUAAAUAAUUAAUGUUUGUAUGGUGCUUUGAAGAUGAAAUGCAAAGUGUUACCAGCCCAAACACACUGGCAGGUGUAUGCAUUUUGAUAAGUGAGUUUAGGUUUUUUCUGUACAGUGAUGUAAAUAAUCUCUAACUUAUUUAUAUAUAUAAAUAUAUGUAUGUGCAAGAAUGGGUGCAAGAUGCACCAACUCCAUAAGGUCACAGUAUUAUAGUCCUCAUAACUGAAGAAUUAGCAUGCAUAGCCUUACUGGAAACAUAACCAUCUAUAAUAGCUGUGUGAUACUGUUGCUUUCAACAUGAAUACUUUUCUCCUGCCUAGAAAUUAGGCCCUCAUCUCCCCCCUGACUAAAGGCGGAGUUGUGGGCACUGCAUUUAUGGAGAAAUGAAUACCACGGGCAUAGAUUACUUUCAGUAAUCUUUUUUCCAUACUGAAGCCAAUACAUUUACUUUUAUACAAUUAGAAACCCUCACUCACAUCACUGUAAAAUCAUAAUACUGGCAAUAAAGCACCUUUGCUUAAAAUUUCCUGAGGGCUGCAUAGAAACUGCCACCUCCUGUUAUCACAGUGUUUAUUCUGGGGGGGGUCUGGAGAUAAAUGUGAAAAAUUAAUUAGCAAGCUGUUCACUGCCUUCGCUCUUGGCCUAGACACUGUGCUGGUGGCAAUACACCAAUAUUAAGCUGCCUAGCUUCAGUGGGGAGAAAAGACAACUGAAAAUCAAUUGCAUUGAGUUGAAAUCCCUUCUCCCAGCAACAUGUAAGCACACAGAAGCUUUGAGAUUUGCUUGGAAAGCUUUUAUUCUGUACUUGAAUUAAUGGAAAGUGCAAGGCAACAUGUAGGUAACAAUGGUAAGAACCAGCAAGGAAGCAUUAUCCCCCCCAGAUAAUUAGUUUGGAGAAUAGAAUUUUAGAUGCCUGUAAAAGAGACCAACUUCCAGAGGAGUGGGAUAUUUGAUUUUUUUUCUGCAAAUUAGGUAGUCUUCAUAAAGGGUAUCUCAAAUUCUACCCCACACUAUGUACAAGGAACCCAAAAUGGAAAAGUAUGAUCCUUCCUUCGCCCAUGUUACCCACCAGCUUUGAGAAACAAUUCUCCACUUGCUGACUAGCCUACAAAAGCACACUAGGCUGAAAGAAGAAUCUCUCAUUAAAAUGCCAAACCAGCAAAUCCCCACCUUUCCCCAUUCCCAAAUCUGCCCAGAAAGAAAAACAUGAAAAAAAGACUUUCUUUGUAGUUUCAGGUCUCUCCUUUUCCCAUUUGGUAGCAGAUCUUUUCUGCUUCCCAACUUCCUUCAGCUCCCAGACACAUUUUAAAACACUCAUAAAGCCUUUUCACAAAGCCAGCAGUUAAAAAAAAAAAGUGUCCAUUAUUUUUCAGUGGAUUUUCCUCCCUGGCCAUGAUAUCAGCACUGAUUUCUCAUAGGGAGGCAGACAGAUGAGGCUAUCAGACCGUGCCAGAGGAAAGUCAGCUAACUUGAAUGAUUUCUGCACCUGAGCCGUUUGUUUACUGAAGCAAAAGGGCACACUGUUACGGAGGAGGUGGAUUUCAACUGCAAAAACAUUUGCCGAAACAAGGCCUUGAAAAAAAACACUAAACACCUCUCAGUGACUUUUUUUUAAAACACACACACACACACACACACACACACACACACACACACACACACACAGACACACACACACACACACACACACCCAUGCACCUUGUCGAAAUGCUAUUCAUGUCCUGCCAGCCUGCCUUCGCAGAGGUGAGGAGACCCUGGUACAAGAAGCCCCCCUUGCCCCAGGGUGUCAUUUGCCUCUGUUGCAGAGGCGUACUCCCCAUUUGUGCGCAUUACUGAAUUACUUGCUCAUUUACCAGGUAGAACAUACACAGUUAAGAACUCCAGAUCUUCUCCUCAUUUCACCAAUACACUCAAAUGUACAAAGCGCCCCUGAAGGUGCCCUCCAAGCUUUCCCAUUCAGACACCUCUGCCCCUUUUUUUUAGCAUGGUGUUGGGAGCUAUCCGUAGCCUGACAACAUCCUAAAACCUGUUGCAAAUCCUGUUACGUGCCCAUCUGUUAUAAACCAAGCAUCUAGGCCAGUGUUUUCAGGGACACCAGUGUUUACUGGGCUGCAAGAGAGAAACAUGGCUGCAGAGUAAGUGGUGGCAGGAUGAAGCCCAGCGCUGUGUAGGAUACAGUUCUGUACAGGUUACAGUACCAAUCAUAAUCAUUCAUUUCAGAGAGGGUUUCCGGUAGCGAGAGCUCAUUCGGGCUGGUCCUCCAGCUCCAAGCAGAGCUUGGUUUGGCAUUGGUAAGAGCGAGAGGUUUCACAGCUUCCUGCUCCCAAUUUAGCCAGGACAGCGGGGCUGUUUCACACAUCAUAUCACAGCUUUGGGAAUCUGGAGCUGGGGAAACUGGUUGCUGCUCUGGAAACACCUGAAUUUCCUGGUGUGUUGGCACAGCAGUUCAGGCUGCAUUUCUUUCUUUGUAGUGUUACAGGACUAUUUGCAGAGCGCUUCUGAGCUACAUAUUUGCAGCUUGCAGCGAGAGCAUUUUUUACUGAAAUUCAGAGACAGCUGUUUUUUUUUUUUUUUAAAGACUUGGUCAUAAUUUGCUAAGACAUUCUUUGUAUACAGUGUUACUUUUUUUUUUUUUCCAUUUGUCCACAGUGAUAAUAAAUAGCUUUUUAAAGCA